GGAAGUGCCAAUUCCUGUUCACCCAGAAUGGAAUCCGUUUUUUGUUUUGGAAUUUACUUUAUUGUCGCCAGCCAUAAUUAAAAGAAAAAAAUUGGUGCUCAACCUUGUCGGAAUUGCCGAAUCGCUAGUUCUGCUAAGACUUUGCAGAUUAGUUGAAGAAGAUGGGGAAGAAGAUACAGAAGCAUUGUUUGGAGGAUUUCAGAACCUUGAUGAUUCAAAUGAAGAAUCGAGAGAAGGAUAUUAGGCUCAAAAGAAGGUGGUUAUCGGGUAUAAUUUUAUCACGAUCAGAGAUGAGUCGACUAGAGUUGCUUCUUCCACCCCACGACAAGUUUGUACCCGAAUCAGUGCUUAGAGAAGAUGAUGUAAGGUUUUCAUAAUUUGUUAAGUUAUGAGAGCAUCAAAACAUUUGUUGAAGAGACACUCGGAAUGCAUAAAGAGACUGAAAGAAAAAAUUAUGUGGCUGAAGAAGAAAUACGACUCUUUGACUCACCUGAUAAGGAUAUAAUAAAGUAUAGCAUCUCCUUGCUAGAUGAAAUGACCAACAAAGGGCUAUUCUCUCUUACUGAGAUCUUGACAAAUGGCUCUGUUAACUUCCUGAAAACAAAAAAGAAGAUGAAAAAUAUAAUCCAAGAGUUUCUACCCAAACUUUUUGAAUCUCGUGAUGACCAAAGCCAAAUCAAAUUGAAGCAAAUCAAACAACUCCUUACAGAUCCUCAAUAUUUUUUGUCGAAUGAACCGGCUCUUUCAAAUCCAACCCAAUCAUUCUGUACUGCUAUUAUCGACGUCCUUUCUAGGCUUGAGGAGCUCUCUCUUUUCACACUAGGUGCAAUGUUACGAAAUCUCAGAGAGGUCAAGGGAUACACUCCAAAAUCACAACAUAAAAGGCCUGGCAGGACUCUUGAGAGCUUGAUGAAACAAAUAAGGUUAAAAUCAACAGAAUUGUUGCAAAAAUUUGGGGAUAGAGAUGAACCACCAAGACCCUUGGCAAAAGCUUUAUCAGUUGCAUACUUGAUGUUAAAACCAGAACUGAGAAAUUUGUUCUCUUAUGUUUCACCUGAUAUAGAGAAGCUACAAACUGAUAUUAUGAGUGCUAUUCAAUUGGUCAAAGCUAAAAGGAAACUGAGUCGCAUACAAUUGAAAAAAAUGCGUACUUAUGCUCGACCCAGAGUUUAAAGAAAAAGCAUCAGGAAAAAGUUUUUCUGCGCGUACCACACUGAAGAAUUUGUUGACUGAAUAUCUUUUAGAGUGCUGCAAUAUGGAUUCUAUACCAGAACGUUUGCUAGAAACAGUUAGAUUUAUUAUUGAUAUAUCUGAGAAGAAAAGCGCAUCCUGUACUGGCAAAACUAGUGGGCGGGCGACUGGAACCCUGGCCUGGUCUCAUCCCAAAGGAGCCUUGUCUACGCCAAUGCCAACCUGCAGAACGUUUUCAGCCGAGGAGAUACAGGAAGAAGUACACCUGUUGCUGAAUUUGAGUGCUCAGGCUAAGCAAAUAGUGUGGGAUUUUCUUCCAGAAAACAUAUUUGACAAAGAUUUUGCUGAUGCAUACAUAGAUGAUGAUUAUGUUGAAGAUUGUUGCUAUGAUGAAGCAGGAGGCGGCUCUGAGGUUCAAGACUUCAUCUCAGGUCAUAUUAGAUAUUAUAGUAAUAACAACACUGAUGAUAUAAAUUGCCAAUCAGAAAGUGUUGGUGAGACCAUCCCGGUUGAUGAUUCCAAAUCUCCAGUCUCUUCAAGUCCUGCUGAAAUGUUGUCCCCACUUCUUUUUUCCCCUAACAAAAAUAUUAGCCUCCAACAGGAUUGUGGAAAUGGGGAUGAAGCUCAUUCUCAUAAUUCAAGGUUAUUAAGCGCUCAUGGACUUUCCAAAAUUUCAUCUUGCGAUGGAAGGUCAGAAAAAUAUGAUGAUGAUGGAUUGGAAGAAUCAAAAGCACAUCUGGGAUUCAUGCGAAAGUUUCAUGCAUCUCCUAAUUUCUUUUUAGCUGAAGCUACUGGUAUAGUGUCAAAAAAUGAUGAGAAAAAUGGGUUGGUGGAGAAUGCGUACCUCAUUAUCCAAGAAGCAUGCGAUGAAACAAGCAUGUUUGCUUAUUCAUUUGUUGGCCAUGUGUUGAAUGGAUUGGACAAAUUAGAGCCGACCCCUCAUGCUAAUGCAUCAGAUCCCACGAGGACUGUGUGUGAAGAUGGUGUGGGCUCAGUUGUGAUGAAUGCACUUGAACUUCUAGUGCCUUCAUUUCCUAGCAGAGGUAAAGAGGAAUUGAGAGUGUUCAUGGGUCUAUAGAGAGGGAGGGAGUGAAUUAAUCCCCCAUGCAGAAGCAGCAAGUAGAGAAAAAGUUAUAUUCAAGUUGGUUUGUAUAGGUUAUAAUAUAUUCAUGAAUGUAUUACGGAGUAUCUUUUUAUUUAUCAUCAUGUCUGAUUGUGAUUGAUUGGCGCUAGGGAUGGGACGGGUUGACCCGUCACUGUGUAGGCCCGGCCCGGUGAACCGGGACCAGGACUGAGGCCCGAACCGGCCGAACCGGGUGGUUAAACUGGCGGGCUACGGGCUUCGAAAAAGGUAGACUGGCCUGUCCGGGCCAAGCCCCGUCAGGGCCUAUUUUUUUUUUUUUUUUUUUUUUUUUUGAUUUUUUGGCAUUGGGUGGGGCUGGGUGGUUUUGGGGGUUUGAGGGUGGGAUUGGAAUUAUUUCGAAAAGACAAAAAAAAUCAUUUGAAGCCCAACCUGACCCGGUCUGGUCCCGUACUAACUCAAGCCCGUACCAGGCCUAAAUAUAUUUGGACCUGGAGCCCGCCCAAGCUCGGCCCGACCUGGUCCACACAUAAUUUGUGCUAUAGAAGUAACAGAUGUUCGAUUUUUUAUCAUGCGUUGUUUGGAAUGAAAUUCAUCUUUCUUGCUUUGUUGCUU